AUGACGGGCAACAGUUGCCUGGUGUGCGAGACGGUGUUUAAAGACGACAGCAGUCUUGUUGGAGACGAGGAUACACCAGCUGAGGGCGAACAUGCAGGGUCUUCAGAAGACAGCGUGAGGGCGGAGAUUUUCGAUACACUGACGGAGUUGUACAUUUUCUUUAGGGACGCCGAUCUCUCGCACAGGGAGGUUAACCGUCUGCUACACAUAUUCCGCAAUCCGCGCUUCAACCUACGGGCCCUCAGACGAUGGCGCAACUGGGUGGACGUGCGUCGCUGGGGCAUGGCGCGCGCUCCCGCCGACAUGGUCCCUUGGAAAACAGAGGAGAUAGUGGUGCGGGGCCCCAAAGGAAUGCAAAUGAAGCUGCUACUGCACUUCCGCGACACAGAGCUGAUUUUGAAGAAGCUGGUGCGGACGUUCUCAUCGAAGAAGGGGUUCGUUUGGAAACCAAGGAAGAUUCAUCGGAAGAAGAACAACGAGAGGGUGUUUGAAGGACCGGAGACGGGUGAUUGGAUGCACGCAGCCCAGAAGGAGAUUAAUGACGAGGAUGCACUCAUUCUAGGCGUGCUGAUAUACAGUGACAGCACACAGGCAUCACGGAAUGGCAGGAGGAACGCGUGGCCGGUGCUGAUCUCGCUUAUCAACAUUCCGGCGGAAUUGCGAGGAGUGGAGCCUGGGCACACAUUGGCGGCGGUGCUUCCGUUCCCACCUGAGUGGGCAUCGUCUACAGAGAAGACGCGCGUGUUCCAGGAGGCGAUAAAGAUCAUCCUCGCGCCUAUAAUGCGAGAGUCUGCAAGCGCGCCAGUUCGCUUCUUCUACUGCACAGACGCGGACGGGAAGGUGCACAAGGCGGUCCCUUGCCUGUACGGAUACCCUGCCGACUUCCCUGAAUCCAGCAGAGCAUCUGCGACGCUUCAGCAAGGGUCGCAUCGACCAUGCGCUAACUGCUAUGCAGACAAGGGGGAGUUGACCAUGAUGGUGGGGAAGGUAGAUCCACGUACCCCCGAGAAGCAGAGGGACAUUGUCCGACAGAUCCUGGCGUGUAAGAAGCAAAGCGACGCUGACGAUGUGCGGAGGUUGUGGUCAACCCAUCCGAUCGAGGUGUGUUUCGACUUUGAUAGGAUACUGUACGUGCUUCACAGGUGGAAUUUUGCAGACACAGAGUGGGGCAACGUGUAUCUGGCAUGCCUUGCAGACACGCUGCAUGUUCUGGACUCUGGUGUGCUGAUCCACAUGAUGGACACCUUCAUAGAGCCGCUCGGGAAGGUUGAGAUGCGGCUGCUUGAACGACGCAAGAAGGAGUUCAAGGCCAUCACGCCUAGCGUUCUCCUCCGAAUCCCAGUGGGCUCAGCGUUCUUCAGUUCAGGCGCAAAUUACGCCGCGUUCGAGCACAGGAGCAUGAUGCAGAUAAUGCCGAUACUGGUGGCUGACGAGAGUGCAUUGAAGGGUGGAGAGGAGGGAGAGCUGCGUGCUUUGCAGGUCAAAGCGUUCCGGCUGUUUGCUGUGUUUUACAAGGCGUUUCUGGGGGUUGACAGGCACACACAUACAACAAUUGCGAUUGCACGUCAGCAUGCGAUAGCGUUGGUGGAGUUGCUACCGCGGGCAUUUCCAAAGCAGGCAUCCCACUGGAGGCUCCCAAAGAUACACAUGAUAAGGCACUUACUGGACAACGUUGUCCACCGUGGGAUGCCGCACCAUUAUUCCACGGAAAUGUGGGAGCGCACGCACAAGGGCACGGUUAAGGGUCCAGUAAGAGGGAGCAACUGGAGCGACAUUCCACGCCGCAUUGUGGAGGAGGAGGUGCAGCGAGAGGUGUACCGUGAAGUGGCUGCAGACGCGGGGGGUGGGCGACAGUACGCGACCGCAUUGAGCGAGGCGAGUACGGGUGUCCUUGGGGGGGAGUCGGAUCCAGUGUACAACGAGUACACCGCCGCGCUUGGAGACGAGAUGAAGGGGAUGGCAGAUGAGUUCAAGGCGUUGGGGCUGUCUACCAACAACGUGCAGGUCCACACGGCGGUGUCCAUUCCGCGCACAAGGGGCGGAGAGCUAGUGGCAAAAGGGACAUUUGUGAAGGCGUCUCCCCGAGAGAGGUGGUAUUCGGACGUGGCACUGCUGAACAACAAGAAGGGGGACUGGUUUGCAAGAUGUCUGUGCAUCUUCAGGGCGGUUGACCGCGAGGGGGACUGGAAGGGGUACGCAUACGUGCGGUACUAUGAGGGGGCGGGAAGAUGCAAGCUUACGGGGUGCAAGCAGCUGCACAAGAAAGUGGAUAAGAGUGCUACAAUGGGUGACCUGAAGGGACUGCUGGCUACCGCGCACCCGGACGACGUGUUCUGCUUCCACGACAUUAAUUUUCUCCCGAGCCGGCUUCCGAAGACGUACAUUCCGGAUAAGCGUGUUGGGGCGGAGCGGAUUGUCAGCGUCGGCAUUCUUUACAACGCGACGGGGAGUUGUUCCGCGGUGCCUCUGGUUGUUCUAUCGCCGUACGAUAGGCCCGAGCGCAGGCGGGGGAGCGCGGCAUGUCGCAAGGUGGCUGUCCGGUAUACGCAUCGCGGGCAGUUGACGCCGGAGGUGUUCAUGGAGUUCGUGGAGACUGUCAAUGGUGUGCACUUCAGCCGUGAUCGCAACACCCUCAUCCUAACCAUUCACGAGGCGCAUCGCAUCACAGGCGAGGUCGCGCGACCCGUCACGGAGCACGGCUUCAGUGUGCAGCACCUGACCAACACCCGAAUCGUCAACAUUCGUGGGUCGGUUCCUGAAGGGGGCCUUCCGCACCUCCAGGGAGUGGAGGAUGCGCUGAAGGGCCAUUACCGCGUUAUGCUCAUGAAGCGUGCGAUAGCGGCGAAGCGGUUCCAAUUCGACUAUUCGGCCUCGAUCGCGGACGUGGAUUAUGGCCUCAUGCUCGAGUGGCUGGGAGAAGCGUGGACUGGCGUGCGCGCCGUCACCAUGCAGAGGAGCUGGUGGCGCGCCGGAUGCGUGCCACCGAGCUGGCCGCCACUGAUGGCGUACCUUGGUGACACGAGCGCAACGGGCAUGUUUGAGCCCCUCAUUGCGAUAUGCGUCGAGCUGCAGUUGCUAAUCGAGAAGUUCAAGAUGAGGCCUGCGUGCUAUAUGACGGCGGCCGAGUUUGUCAACUGCGACGCGGGACUCUGCGUGGAGCAGGGGUUUAGGGCCACACCUGCGGCCAGCGCGUCGGAUGACUCGUCGGGCGAGAUGAGUCUGCCAGACGGCCCACUGCUGCGUGACGAGCGCAGCAGGCGGCGCGUGAUUCGCAACGUAACAAAUGCGUACGUGGAGCGUGCCGACGCGCUCGGCAUUCCCCCGGCCCUCGUGCCAGCAGAGGUCGGAGCAUCUAACCAGGAGGUGAUUUCCCGCCUCGGCAGGACGCCAGUCAAGCGUGCGCGCGCGGGGAUGCGCCCGGAGGACGUGCUAGACCCAGCGGUGCGCGAGACUGAGGACGACGAGUGA